CAGGCACCCGGAAGUUUGUAAUAUGGAUGAUGUUGGCGAUUACAGCGCGCUGUUUUGUUCGUCAUUGCGGCUCUGUCUAACCUCCAUUGAGCCGUCUUUUGAGGAAGUCGCGUCGGUUGCCCCAGCAUGAGGAGGAGUGUAUGAACCGGGGCUUUAUAAAUGUGAUGCGUCCAGGAUUUUGGCGAGAGCAGUGACAUUUCGUCAGGAUGUUUAGGUUGUUUGCGGCUCUGGUGAUUUUUGGGCUGCUGCUUGCGUGCCUCACUGCUUGGGUAUUUGACAGAUAUGACACCGCUUGGCACCCUAAACCCAGUUUACAUCCACCGGGAGAUGGAAGCAUCAACAGGAGGAGCGGCCCGCCGUAUCCCAGCGGACAGCUGGAGAAUAUAUUUUGGUUUGUGCAGGUUUCCGACAUCCAUGUCAGUCGUUUUCAUGAUCCAAUGCGGAUUCCGGACUUUGAAACGUUCUGUAGUGACACUAUUGAUGUGAUUAAACCUGAUCUUGUGCUGGCCACAGGGGAUCUAACAGAUGCAAAGACUGAGAGUAGAAUGGGCUCUCUUCAGUAUGAAGUGGAGUGGCAGGCCUACCACAACGUCCUGAAACGAUCACGAGUGUUGGAACGGACCAAAUGGAUUGACAUUCGGGGAAACCAUGAUGCCUUUAAUAUUAUAUCACUGGAGAGCGUGAAUAAUUAUUACAGGAAGUAUUCUGCCAAUCAAAAAAUUGGAUCAUUCCACUACAUACACAGAACUCCGUUUGGAAACUACUCGUUCAUUUGUGCUGAUGCCACUCUGAUGCCGGGACCCAAACGGCCCUAUAACUUCUAUGGUAUCCUGAAUCAGCCUCAAAUGGAUUUGUUGGCGACCUUUAGAGAUGAAAGUCUGAGCAGUAACCAAUCCAUUUGGUUUGGACAUUAUACAACAUCUACUAUCAUCUCCCCAUUCCCAGGAAUCAGAGAGCUCAUGAGUACAGCUGUGGCGUAUCUGUGUGGACACCUACAUACACUAGGAGGCCUUAUGCCCAUACUGCAUAGUCGACAUAAAGGAGGCACACUGGAGUUAGAGCUGGGUGACUGGAUGAGUAACCGCAGGUACAGAAUAUUGGCUUUUGACCAUGACCUGCUUAGUUUCUCGGACUUGACGUUUGAGGACUGGCCAGCUGUGCUCAUCACUAAUCCUAAAGAUGCUCAGUACCUGAAUCCAGAAGUGGAACCUCUCGGUCGCAUACGCAGUUCCACACACAUCAGGGUCCUGGCCUUCUCGGAGUCUCCGAUCACAGCUGUGUAUGUUAGUGUGGAUGGAGAUACACUGGGGGAAGCUGUCAGUGUAAAAGGACCUCUGUAUGUGCUACCAUGGGAUUCGUCACUCUACUCUACAGGACUGCACACCAUCAGUGUUAAAGUGGAGGACUCAGCAGGUCGCUCAAAAAUACAAGAGCAGCUGUUCACCCUGGAAGAAGAUCUUAUCCCCGGCUUCAGCUUCACACAAUCCUUUAUUCUCCUCACAGACCACUACAUACUGGCGCGGAUUUUAUUUGUGACAAUAGUGUUAAUAAACCUUGGUGGGCUUGUAGUCUUCAGAUUUAUGGAUGUGUCUUCUACAAGAGGUCAUUUUACAGGAUUGAUUUGUCAAGCAUUGACAUCCUUACAUCUUGUCAGUAAAAUCAACAUCUACUACUACUCUCUACUGCUGUUCAACCUGUGCACUGCGUUAGGCCCAUGGUUCAUUGGGGAAGUAAUUGAUGGGCACACUGGAGCCUGCUUUGCUUUUGGGGUGUUUGUGGAUGGGCAUUUUCAUGAAGGCAGUCUGUCUUUUGCUGUUGGAUUUUUGCAGGUCCUCUUCUUCAACAUGCCUCUCACGUUUUACCUCUGCUGGAGUAUUCAUCACAGAUGCCACGGCACCAACUUCCGCUCGCAUUUCUGCCAGCCAGGUGGCCGCCUGUGGACUAUGCCGGUGCACGUGGUCAUGCUGGUGCUUUUGAUCUGGCAGGCCUAUUCUUGCUUCUUCUUGCUGGCGACCUAUGGGCCACUGGCGUUUUUCCUGUCUCCAGUGCGUACAUGGGCCCUGCUCAUGGCUGUGCUGUUGGUGUACAGGGUCUGGUGCGGACCGCCGCCUCGUUUCUCUGAUGAUAGUAAAACCAACAAACCUUUGUGACAGUGACACCAUUGUUAUCACCCAUAGUAUUUGGCCUGUAUACUUUUAUUGACAGACAUUUUGUGCCAGGUUCUUCCAUUUUUUUAGCCUUUUUCUCUUCAGUAUCAGAUUUGCCAGUCAUUGCCAUCAGAUGUUAGGAAAGCCAAGUUCGCAUUCAGAUUCCUAUUACAAACUUUUUUAUUAACACUAAGACACGUUUGUAGAGUUUACAGCCAGGGCAAUUCCCCCAAAAUAAAAAUCCUUAACCU